CGACACAAUCGAUAAUUUUAAUAGAAGAUAUGUCUGAAUCGCUUAUAUAGGUGAAAAUUAUAUAAUAUAGGAAUCUAUAAAUUAUAUAGUGAAGAAAGAGAAAAUUUAAAAACAUAGAGGCAUAAAGUUGUUAAUAUAAAAAUAAUCGCUUUAACCAAUUGUCGUCUGAGUAGUGUUUUAAUAUUUUGGUGCUAUACGUUGGAAGCUUGAAUCGAUGAAGAUGUUGAUAACCUAAUUUCGUUAAAAUUUGUGGAGCGUUCUCAUGUAAUGGCGCGAAUGUGUAUAGAAUAUAGAAUUCAGUUUGGAGAAACAGCGUCUUAUUUUAAUUAACAAGUAUGCAACAUAAUUAGAUUUGUCGAGAUUCGUAAAAAUUUUCGCAUUAAGGAAAAAUGGAGAGGCGUUAACAAAGAAACGAUUAUGUUCAAACUAUUCAACCGGUAAAAACAUGAAGAAAACUGCUGUAAAGCUGCAGAAUAAUGGAAGGCGGUAGCAAUUUACAUAACCCGGGUAAUUAUCCCGGUGGGGACCGCCAACAAUUUUGUGUUUCAUGGAACUCUCAUCAGUCAAAUAUGCACAGUGCAUUUCCAAAACUUUUAAGUUCUGAACAAUUUGUCGAUGUCACUUUAGCCUGCGACGGAGGCUCUAUAAAAUGUCACAAAGUGGUACUGUCCGCUUGUAGUGAUUAUUUGGAACGUUUGCUAUUAGAAAUACCAUGCACUCAUCCUAUUAUAUUUUUGAGAGAUAUGAGGAUGUGGGAACUUCAAGCUUUAGUGGAGUUUAUGUAUCGUGGUGAAGUAUAUGUGGAGCAACAGCAGCUAGGUAAAUUAAUGCAAGCUGCUGAAGUUUUACAGGUUCGUGGUUUAUCCACUCAAGGGAAUGAUAAUUCUUCGAGUGAAGGUAGUUCUCAACAAUGCGACUCUAACGCCGCUGUUGCACCAUCUACGGCUGCACAGCAGGAUGGAUCUGACUAUAAAGGCGAGGAAACUCCAUCUGAUGAUGGAACUUCGAGUGCUACCUUUUUAGAGACUACGUCAAUUGCUGCGACUAGUACAGCAAGCGCUCCAUCACACAGUACUACACCAGUUCCGCAGAAUCCAAAUUCAUCAAAUUUUAUGAAUAUGGAACAUAGCGAGGCGUUACAGCAUUUGGAAAAAGCCCUUAGCGCUUGUGAAGCGACAUUAACUGAAACACCAGGAAUGGUUAAAAUGGAGCCGGAUGAGCAGUUUACCCAACAACAUGAUGUCAAACCGUACUCUAUUAGUAUGGUACCAAGCAGUAAUUGUAAUCCUAGUAGUCCGUUUCCUGCGAUCGAAGGCUAUCAGAGACGACAAAGACGUUCGGAAGAAGAAUUGAAGCAAGCUUCGGAUAUGGUAGCACGUGGUAUGACAUUUCAAGUUGCUUCGGAAAAGUACAAAAUUCCGAUAAGUACGAUUCGAUUCUAUAUGGUUAGAAAAGGUAUAUUGCAAAGGCGAAAACGCGGUCGUGGUUCAAGUAAUCUUGGUAUGAAUAGUCAACCGGGAAGUCCUGCAAGCCCGCCAUAUCAUAUGAUGAACUAUCGUUUGCCAGAAAGCCUAAACUCCAGCCUACCGUAGUGCUGUACGAAAAGUAGCCAGUUUUUAGACUUGAGUUGAAUCGAACAAAUUUUUUAUUGCCACGUCGGAGCUGUUCCAGACUGUCAUUCUUCCCAUCUUUAUUGACUCACACUGAGUUAUCCGUUUCUCGUUUAUACAUUCACGAUUCACGUGAUCACGUAUGUCCAAUGCGAGUGCGUUUUCGCCAAACUCGUUAUACUAUACACAUUCAUUGCAUUUACAGAAGAUAGUAAUUUAAUAGAAAAUAAUUAACAAAGUGUACGUAUCGUACACAAUAGACACGAUUUUAGUCUCGAACAGCUCGGUUUUGUGUACAUACGCAUCAUAUGCGCGUUUUCGAACGCAGCAUCGAAAUGAAAAUACCACAGAGUGAUGGAAAAAAGGGAAGAAAGAUCAUCUAAAAGUUAUGCAAGAGCAUUUCGUUCAUUUAAUGAUUGAAUUUUCACUAAUUUUAUACGAUUCAGUUGGAAAUAAUUCAAUAUUGAUUGUAAAUAAUACUAGUUUUCUUCUUUUCUGGUUUUCCAUACUAUAUUGUAAUACUGUAAUCAAAGGAAGUAACGCGUCUCGAUGCAGCGUUCGAAGACCAUCCGUACGGUUCAGUUUUGGGCCGUGUUCCGUUCUUCUACUUAGUGACACAUACACCUUGCGUACAUGGAUAACGUAAGAGGUAUUUUUUUGAGUCCUAUACACAGAUUGCUACAACAGAUUUACAAAAUACGGUUCAUGGAAAAGUUUGAACGUGUCACAUCAUAUUUUUACGAUCACUCGAAAUCUUUUGAUAAUACGUAUCUGUAGAAUAGGUUAUUUUUUAUUACGUCCUAUUUAUACAUAUAUAUAUGUAUAUGUGUGUGUAUAUACGUAGGCGUGCGCGCACGUCAUGUUCGGCCUGCCUGUCUGUCCGUCUCUAUCUGUCUGCCUAGUGUAAGUCUGUGUCUGCGCCUGUGUUGAGUGUAUGCGCGCGUGCGUACGUACAUGUGUACAUACGUACAUAGAUAUGUAUGUAUAUACAUAUAUAUGUGUAUGUAUAUAUAUAUAUAUUUAUAUAAUAUAUUAUAUAAUAUAUUAUAAUAUAUAUUUAUAUUAUAAUAUUAUAUGAUAUAUUAUAAUAUAUAUAUGAUAUAUAUUUAUAAUAUAUAUAUAAUAUAUAUAUUUAUACAUAUACUUGAAUAAAAUGUAUGUGUACUCAGUUAAGUUGCUUCUUUCGAAUCCGAACAACAACCGGAAUUAAUCCGAGAUUCCAGACAUUGAAUUUUGGCCCUAUUGAAAUGAACAAAAUGUUCAACAAAUUGAACAAAUGAACAAGUCGUUCGUAAAUGUUGUUUACUUGCUUGUUUUUAUUUAGCGCGAAAUUAAAUCGGCAACAACGGGGUCGAAGCUCGCGGUUCAAAAAGACGUACGAUAUAUUGUAGUUGUUACAAGAUCGUUAGCAUCGUCCAUGAACGAAUUAGUCACUACGUUCAAGACUGGUAACACGUGGCUGAUCCGCAACCACGUCGAAUCUUAUACCGCAAAUCUGGGUCUACUACACAAAUAUUUUUGUAGACACUUUACGCGUGGAAGGUGUCUUCUUUCUGCCUUUGUAUAUGCGUGUGUUUAUAUAUUUAUAUAUGCAUAUAUAUAUACACAUACAUGUACACACAAGCACGUAUAUACAUACACCUAUAAAUAUACAGUUAUGAGAACAGAAGUUGUUGCAUCGAUAACUAUACAUGAACAUAUAUCUAUAAACGAAGCAUAUGAACAUGUAUACAUAAAUCGAUAGCUAUACACAUUCAAAUGCUCGAUGAACCGGUAUGCGUUAGAAGAGACUACAAUUUAACUUUGUCAAAGAAAAAAAGGAAAAAAAAAAGAAGCGGAAAAUGAACGAUCAUGACAUACGUAGCAUAAUGCUUUUUACAUGCUAGUGUACAAAUAACAUUUAUAAUCUGUCGUCAAAAUCCAGCAGUUUUCAUAGAGGUGAUCGAGUAUACAUUGUACGAUCCUUUUAUGAAUACUGGAUCUGCCUUUUCGAAAGAUUACAAUGAUUACAUACACUUGAAGUUGUGCAUACACGACCAGCGCGCGUGCACGUAUAUCUUAACGUAGAAUACACGUAUGUGCACACGCGCGCACGCAGCAUACACACACAACACACACACAGACUAUAAUCGUACAGUGUAUUGCCUUUGUUAAAUAGCAUUCGGAUAAAGCCAUAUUUUUCCAUGCAAUGCAAUAAUCCAGCAAAGUAAAUUACCGUAAAUGUGAAACAGCCUAAAUAGAAGAGUGCCAGAUAUGAGAAAAAAGAAAAAGAGAAGGAAAAGAAAAGAAACUAUAAUGACGAUGACGAUGAUGAUGAUGAUGAUGAUGAUGAUGAUGAUGAUGAUGAUGAUGAUGAUGAUGAUGAUGAUGAUGAUAAUGAUAAUGAUGAAGAAGAUAAUGAUAACAGUAAUGAUGGUAUUGACGAUAAUAAUUGAUGUUGAUUAUGAUGGUGGUGAUGAUGAUGAUGAUGAUGAUGAUAACGAUGAUGAUUAUGAUGAUAACGACGACGACGACGACCAUGAUGACGAUGAUGUCGAUAAUAAUGUUGAUGAUGGCGACAAUGAUGCUGCUGCUGAUGAUGAUAAACAGAAAGAAAGAGAAAGAGGGGGAUAAUAAGAAAAGUAUUCAGAGUAAAACGCUAUACAAUUUCCUAUCAUUCAGAACGUAUCUGCCUUUUAUUCUGGCCUCGUGAUAAAUCCUGACUUUAUUUAUACUUGACAAUAUACGGAAUACCGUGUAAAAAAGAGCAACUAAAAAUUAGGUUAGGAAACUUUGUGAACAUUUGGUUACUCGCGAUACAUGGCAAGACCUGAUAUUCAAUCUCGUUCGCGCAAAAUCGAGUUGGAAACGAAUUGGAAAAAUCUGUUAUACGCGGGAAAUUCUUUCUCGCUCCUCUCCUUCCAUCUUUCCCUCCCUUACCCUCACUCUUUUUCAACCUGUUUAAUUUUGUAUUAUAGCUGGAUAGAAUCUUUCGAAAUGCACAAAGGAAAGAAGAGAGGAAGAGAGAGAGAGAGAGAGAGAGAGAGAAAGAGAGAGAGGAGGGAGAAACGUUUGCGACAUUCUAUAAUUUUUAUGUUUUUGUCUAUCCUUUCUCCUGCUCUUCUUUUUUUAAAAUGGAUCCGGUUUCGUUUCCUUCUCUUAAGCCUAGUGAUUUAUGUUUCGUUUCGUACUGUUUAGUCGUUGACAUUCAAUUCGAUCCAAGAUCUUUGACAAAGUAGAACAAAGGAAGGGAUAAAGGAUACAGCGUAUGUGCGAGUGUUGUACGGUUAAAAUCGGAUAUUGGAAUAACGAAUAAGUAACGGAGAGUAGUUUUUUAUUAAGAUACAUAGUACCGUCGCUUGAGGUUUCGUAUCGCGCGAAUCAUCGUUCAAAGAGUUCCAGUUGACAAAGGUUUUAUACAGAUCUAUUAAAAACCAGUAUUUCAAACCAAUGAAGAAUAAUUAGUUUUCUAAUAAUAACGAUACAUUUUACGUAAAUUUAGUACAGUGCUUAAGUCAGUAAUGCUCAGCGUAUCUAACAAAUAUUUUUAGUGGAAAGCCGUGUCAUACUCACGUGUAUUAUAAUGCCCUUAAACUAUGUAACUAAACAACAAUCAAAGAAGCGUGAACGAUACUUGAUGACUAUUAUUAUUAUUACUACUAUUACGAUUAUUAUUAAUUAUUAUUAUUAAUUAUUAUUAUUAAUUAUUAUUAUUAUUAUUAUUAUUAUUAUUACUACUAUUACUAUUACUACUACUACUACUACUAUUACUACUACUACUACUACUACUACUACUACUACUCUUAUUAUUAUUAUAGUCAUUUCCUUAGCAGUACGUAGAUCGUAGCCAUUUCGAGGCAGUUUACGUUAUAUUUAAUUAGGUUAUCGCUUCGGAAUACAUUUUUAUGGCGGUAUUAUUAUUUGUAGAUAGAAUUUACGAUGAUAUUUCGUACGAUAAUCAAUCGAUUGCUAUAUUAAGAUUUUAUUUUACAGUUACCGAGAUCAAUGACCUGCGAAUAGCGGAGAAUGCGAUCGAUCGGUCUUUGCAUUGGUCUUAUUACACACCCAUUGUUUCUUCUCUUUUAUCACAUUUUGCUUGAUCCAUAUUUACAUAAAUACAUAUACUUAUAUACAUAUAUUUUGUAUUAUAUCUUCCAUUAAAAUGCUAAAGUAUUGAACCUUUACCGUGAGAAACAUGUUUUCCGAGAUAUGGUAUUAUACGAGGAAAAGAAUAAACUGCGUGAGUGAAACAAAGAAUGAUUGAGAAAGAAGAGAAGACAAAGAGAGAGAGAGAGAGAGAGAGAGAGGGAGAGGUGGCGAUAAUGGAAAAUUGCACUUUCCGAACUCCGUUUGAACGACGAGUACUUUAUUAGAAGAUUUGUCCAUUUGGUAAAACUGUCGGUCGAUCUUCCCGUCCCGAAGUAUAACAGACCGAUCGAUCGAUUCCUUGCUCGAAUUACAAUCGUGAAGAACGUUCUAUAGAUAUUUUUCGAAGAAAACACAAGCCUAUAAAAAGUCCAAUUUUCUAAACGUAGGUUCCUUAAGAAUAACAAAUUUAGUGUAACCGUUAAGAAAGUGUAGCGUGUAUACGUAUUAAACGUAACGUCGCGUCGUAUCGAGCGAGGUCCGUCUUGGAACGUUUAUCGUUCUGAAGGAAAUGAAGUGCGAUCGGGCGAUAAUUUGUUCCCGAUAAAAAGACGGGAUCGUCCGAUGUGACACGUGUUUUCGGGAGGCACGCACGCGCGUUUGGAACGCGAGUACGCGUCGCAAAUAGACGGAUAAAUUAGCGAUUAGCGGCAAAUAUAGAUACAUGAUAUGGAAAUGUCGCGCAAAGCCCUGCGCUAUUAAGUUGGACCGCAUUCUCGCGAAGGUGUGUUGCACUCGUCGCUCCGAGUCUUAUCGUGAAAAAUUGAAAUAUAAAAGAUUACCAAGAAGAAUAAAAAAGUAAAAGGAGAAGUAUAGAGGGUGUGGGAGAAGGAGAAAGUAUCGUAUUGUAUUUCUUUUUCUUCCUUGUUUCUAAAAUUUCUGUCGUGGCCCUUAAAGAAUAUGAAAACGCAUGGAAUGGCGUGUAUGACGAGAUAUAGGCAGAGAGAUGGUAAAAGGGCAACGGCAUCGUUCGCACGAUUACCGAACUGAUUUCGAGAGAGGAAACUUCCGAUAAAUCGGCUCUCCAGCAUAAGAACACUAAAAUCGCAGCAACGAUAACGGAUUUGAAGUUUCCUCGAAUCGCAACACAUAGGCACUUCUGUACAGAAUUUUUCGUAGGUUGCGAAGAUUUCCAUUGAAAACUCUGCACUUGUCGGCUUCGUGAAAUUAAAGUAUUGUUGUUUGAUUUACGCAUAAGCUGUACGUUAAGGAAAAAAAAAAAUUGCUUAUAAUUUAGGGUCGUGUAACGUGUGUUAGCGAAGCAUGCUUCUAAGUAGAAAGAUAGGACAAUGCUAUAACAAUAAUUAUUAUAAUUAAAAUGAAUUAAGAAUAUAAGGCAUUUAAUAAGUGCAAAGUAUUUCUUAAUAAAAGUACUUCCAAAAAUGA